UCUAGUCUGCUAGAAUCAUUUGAAGUUGACGUUAAAGUGGUCACAUGUAUAAAUCAUUCCGGCUUCUUGAAGCAGCCUUUUUAAAUCUGGAAAGGAAUGAGGGAAAAAUUUUUCUCUUGAGUUCAGUAUCAAAUCGCGUUGUUUUCCCCCCUUUCUUAUUGUCAGUUGUAUUUUCCCGCUCUUAACAGAUUUGGAGGGCUGUGGAAAUAUCGGAUGCACCCUCUCCACUGUUAUAUUGUUGCAGAUCCCUUUGGCAAAAUCAUGUUUCAGAGUGAAAAUCUCCAACCUUUCUCCCCCUCCCUCAUGAACUACAUGCCCAACUGCAAUGUAAGGUUCCCUCAUCCGCUCAAUAGGAAUCCUCAUGCUGGCAUGUUCCGAUCCCUGUCACAACAUCAUCUAAAUGAAAACCCACCAACAACAUUUAAUCAAAAGUCAAUGCAGCAGUCUAAUCUUUGCCCCUCAAAGUAUGAAGAUGAAGUGUUUCAGAAUGUCGGUGAUGAUCAUGAGAGGCGUCAUUGUGAGAAAUUUAACGAGUUGAAUCAUCCCUUGAUGGCGAUUGACUGUCGGAAAAAUACUGAGAUCAGAUCACUUUCUCCCACAGAUAGCGGAAUCUCUUCUCAAUCAUCGACUCCGGGACACUUUCAAAAGUACAGGCACUCGUGUCCAAAAAGCAGCCAACUUAGGGGAAACAACGGAGGAAGUGGCUGCAACGUCGACAGCAGUGAGCCGAGAGGAACGAAGCGGCACUAUCAGAACAAUCGGACCAGUCGCAGCCCAAGUCCUCUCCUAAACACUUCGUCGACUAAACCAAACGCCGGUGAAUCUGUUGCCUCACGACCCAAACGUCGCUUCCAGGACAGCUGCGAAGGUUUGCCGCCCAUCGUCCCCUCGGCUUGUCUCCUCAACAUUCAACUUCGUUCACACCGACCCGAUCAUUUGCUCAAUGGAAGUGAAUGGGACAGGUUGUCUCAUGCCAUUUGGUGCAAGUACACCAGCCACGAACAAACUCAAGAUACUCUACGGCGUAAACUACGACUUCGAGAAAUGGUCCACAACUACAUCAGAAGCUAUUAUUUGCAUCAGUGCGGAUUGUACAUUGUCGGAUCCAGUGUAUCAGGUUUCGGAGGAGAGAGCAGUGAUAUGGAUCUUUGCCUAGUUAUUUCAGGCCAUGAUGUCGAUCAACGUUUUCACGCACUAGAGUAUCUCUACCGUGUCCAGAAAGCCCUUAAACAAUGCCGUUUCCUAACCAAGUUGGAUGUCAUCCGAGCCAAAGUUCCCAUUUUGAGAUUCUACGACAGUAUUACAAAUCUAGAAGUAGAUCUCAACUUUAACAACAUUGUCGGAAUCCGUAACACUCACCUUCUCAAAACCUACGCACAGUUGGACUGGCGAGUGCGGCCGCUGGUGUUGGCAGUAAAGUUAUGGGCGAGGCAGCAUGACAUCAACGAAGCGAAAUCCAUGACCAUGUCGAGUUAUUCACUAACGUUGAUGGUCAUUUACUACCUCCAAACGGGAGUUCAUGUGCCGGUUCUGCCUUGCCUGCAAAAGGUGCGAGCCGAGAGGUUCUGGCCUGAAGGAGACAUUCGCAGGCUGCAAACCUUCACGGACGAAGAGCUGAAAGUUCUCCGAUCCAAUAAUCACAUGACACUCGGCCAGCUGUUUGCAGGGUUUCUAGACUACUACGCACACCAUUUCAAUUAUGGAGCUCAUGCUAUGUCAAUAAGACUUGGCGGUACCAUACCGUUGGAACAGUGUCGCCAGUACAUGUCUCCUAAGAAUGACCCACAUCAUUGGAAGUACAUUUGCAUUGAAGAGCCUUUUGAUCGGACCAAUACAGCCCGGUCAGUGUACGAUCCUGCAGCGUUCCAGAAGAUCGUCGAUGUUUUUCGUCAAUCAGCGGCUAAAAUUAGCCAAACCAAGGAUCUGUUGAGUGUCAUGACCUAAAUUCUGCAGCUGAUUUUCUUGUUAUUAAAGCUAAUCCAUGCUGCUUCAAGCGCAUUAGAUAGCGCCUUACGAUACAGGAAGAGGUGAAGAAAAUGUUUUGCCUUCUUUAAAUUUUAAAUUUGUUGUGUUGAAAAAAGUCAGAGGAAAAACAAAAACAAAAAACCAUUUCUGAGCCACGACGAAAAGAAGAAUGCGUGCUAUUUUGCUGUUUGCUUCUUUUUGUCUUUUGUCCUCUCGCCUUGCAAAGUCUUGUGCCAGUUUUUUCUAAUCUUUUGGGCUUAUCGUCAAGAUUUAUCCAAUGUUUGUAUACGUGCACUAUUUGACCCGAGUUCUUUUUUUGCAUUUGUUUGAAACUAAUUGCUAGUAAUAAGUUUGGUCUCCAGCUAGAGGAAAAAAAAGAAAAAGGGAAAAAAAAUACUGCUGCGGAAAAAAAGGAGAUAUUAGUUGGUUGAAAUGGAUCGAUGCAUUUACAUUGGAGUCGUAUACGAUUUGUUUAAUCUGUUCCCAUAUGAAGGCGCUGCUAUGGCUGUUUUGCCUGAAAUUGUUUCGGUUCAUGUUUUGGAAUUAUGUGUAAAUUUUCUUUUGGAAUACAAAUUUGGCAAUCUA